UCCCUGUGCAAAAUGUUGCAUCCACAGCUGUUGAACGGCCUUGAAAUAAAAUUAUUAUUACGCUGUUGUUGCAACAAACAAUUGGCAGUGUCAACAAUUAAACAGAAGGGCAGCAGUGCAUUAUUAAAUCCAAAAUCUAAAACAGGUGUCUAUUUAGCAACCACAAUAGCAACAGAAACAACCAAAGGGCUGCAUAAAUUUGAUGUUGAAAAGAUAAAGAUGAUGAAUAACGAAAUAAUAACAACGUCAUCUCAAGAAAAUGUGCCUCCAUCAGCGGUUGCAACAGAUACAGAUUUAUCAACAACGACAUCAUCAUCAACAACAGGUGAUCAAAGUAUGAAAAUAAAUGAUAAAGUUAUUAAAAAAUACUUGGCUGCAUUUGAUUUUGAUUACACAGUGGUGGCCCAGAAUACAGACACGGUCAUACGUGACCUCUUGCCGCCCGAUAGACUAACCAAAGAUAUGCAGGACAUCAUCGAGGUACAAGGUUGGACCGAGUAUAUGGCCGAAGUAUUUCGUCGUCUACAUGCCUGCCAUAUAAAACCAGACAAAAUUCUACAAACCAUUCACGGUAUACCCGAGGUGCCUGGUUUUGUUAGAAUGCUAAAGAGGCUCAACACCAAAUAUGGUUGCGAUUUAAUUGUCAUUAGUGAUUCCAAUAGUCUUUUCAUAGAAGAAUGGAUCAAGUCGCAUGGUCUGCAAGAGAAUUUCACAAAAGUCUUUACCAAUCCGGCACAAUUCGAUGACGCAGGACUGCUGACCAUAAAGCCAUACCAUCAUCAAACUGAUUGUCGUCUCAGUGCUGUAAAUCUGUGCAAGGGUAAAGUAUUGGAACAUUUUAUGAUUGAACAAGAUUUGCGACAUAACAUCACCUAUGAACGUGUCAUUUACGUGGGAGAUGGCAACAAUGACAUAUGCCCCGUUACCAAGUUGAGGAAUCGCGAUGUGGCUUGUGCCCGAGAAGGUUUUGCCAUGGCCAAAACAUUGGCCAAAAACCCCAUGAAACUAAAAGUACGUGCCGAAUUUAUUAUCUGGAAAAGCGGUUUUGAUCUCUUGGACCAGCUAGAACGCCAUAUGAAUAAAUUGAUAAAGCAACAGGAAAAGGAACAAGAGCAGCAACAGUCAUCAGUGACGGAUAUUGCACAAACAUCCAACACGGAAACUACCAAAGUCCAUUAGAUGUCAGACCAGAGUAUUAGAUAGAGAAUAAAAAUAAAAAAAAUGAUUUGCUACAAUUUCGAGAGCAUGCAAUUUAGUAAUUUUAGACUCAUUAAAGGAACGUUUUACGUUAUCUUCUUCUGUUCGAUUAUACAAAGUAGUUUAAUUUCAUUAAUUUUUAAACGUUCUUCCCAUAUGUCCGCCUGCACACGCAAACAGUGUUAGUUAGUGUCCUGUCUUGUUUGUACAUUGUCUUCUCGUUCAUGUAUGCAGCUGCAUGUUGUCUUAAUUUUAAAUGUUUCUAUUAUAAUUGUAGUUUUGUUGUAAUUUGUUUGAAUAAAUGUUAAUUAAUCUACUA